GUUCUGCUGGACCGGACCCGGUCCGGCCCGAUGUAGAACCUGGGUUUCGUCCAGCAUUGUCCCCUCUCCUCUUGUCCUGUAGGCGUCGCUGGAGGCCCUGGUCCCCGUCACCAUGGUGACCAGGAUGUUCUGGGGCCUGUGCAGCAUCGAGCCGGGUCCGGCGGAACCAGGCCGGGCCGGCGCCGCCCCGGGGCCGGACCGGGAGCAGCUGGUGGUCUUCCUGGCAGACGUCCUGCGGGGGACGGCGGAGGAGCGCGCACCGCUGGUCAUGGCCAUGGCCCACAAUGCUGCGGGGCGGCCGCAGGUGGUCAGCUGCCAGCAGGUGGCGGCGUUCCUGGAGGACCUGAUCACUGCUGUAGUUCACAUCCUGACCAGGAGGGGGCGCCUGCAGGGCUGGAGGCCGCAGCAGAUGGGCGACACGGUGAUGGGGGUCAAGCUGCUGGCCGAGCAGAUGACCUCUGACCUCAGACCGUCGGGUAAGCUCCUGCUCCAUGGCCCUGCCCCCAAUCUAUCGGACCCCGCCCCUUUCUAUAUGACUCCGCCCCUUCCUAUAUGA